UUACAGUAGCAAAGAGAACGCAUUGAUAGUUUAGCAUAGCAGCUAAACUCCUCAGCAGAUCGCAUGUAGGCGUCUCUGUUAGUGUGUGGUGAGAACAAAGAAGAUUCUUCAGACGGGAGAUUUAUUAAACCACAUCGCGGAGAAUGUUCCUGUCGUGAUGUGAGAGAGAAGGAAGGAGACUCCUUUGCUUUUAGAGCUGACCCUUAGGUGAACGUCCUUUCUUAGCUGCUUUGGUGCUCUCCCUCUCUGUGUGGAAUAAUGGCCCCCGUCGUUCUCUGUAUGACGUAUCACUGAUCUCCAAGUGCUGGACACCAAAAAUGGAGAGAAAACGUAGAAAGAAAUGAAAACAUAAGCCAUGUGUUACUCAGGCUUUUCAGAGUUCCAGAUAUAGCCUGUUCCAAAAUCUUCAGGACCAUUUUAGACACCUUUGCUCAUUUUUAGCCAUAUUCAUGCAGUGACUUAAGAGGUACUGACACUUUUAGACUCCCUUGGAUGAGCUAUGAACUGAACCAGACUGCAGGCACCAUGGCCCCAGUCUGCCUCUUCCUGUUUGUGGCCCUGCUGGUGGGGCGCUUGCCUCUGGCUGGGACUGAGGAAGAGCGAGUGACUCCCAGCUCACCCUCCUCUUCCACCACCACUGACGGAUUCUUGAGCUCCAACUACUCUCAGCUCACCCUGAAAGUGGACUUCUCCUCCAAAGUAGUAGAACACGAGUACAUCGUAGCAUUUAACGGCUACUUUACGGCCAAAGCCCGCAGUCACUUCAUCAGCAGUGCCCUGAGAAACACGGAGGGGGAGAAUUGGCGCAUCGUGCAGCGGGAGAACCCGGCCAGUGACUACCCCAGUGACUUCGAGGUGGUGCAGAUCCGGCAGGAUGCUCGCAGCAGCCUACUCACACUGCAGGACCACCCCUACAUCAAGAGAGUCACACCCCAGCGCAAGGUUUUCCGCACCCUCAAACUGCUCAGUGCAGGAAGUGAUGGCAGCUCCUCCUGUAAUGACACACGGUGGGUGCAAAAGUGGCAGUCAUGGCAGUCAUCUCGACCACUGAGGAGAACCAGUUUGUCUCUCAGUUCAGGCUUCUGGCACGCCACAGGCCGCCAUUCCAGUCGCCGCCUGCUCAGGGCCAUCCCCCGCCAUGUAGCCCAGAUACUACAGGCUGAUGUGCUCUGGCAAAUGGGCCACACAGGCUCAGGAGUGAAGGUGGCUGUUUUUGACACUGGACUUAGUGAGAAGCACCCACACUUUAAGAAUGUUAAAGAGAGGACCAACUGGACCAAUGAGAAGACACUGGAUGAUGGCUUGGGCCACGGCACCUUUGUGGCUGGGGUCAUAGCCAGCAUGAGGGAGUGCCAGGGCUUUGCUCCAGACUCUGAGCUGCAUAUCUUCAGAGUGUUCACAAACAACCAGGUGUCCUACACCUCUUGGUUCCUGGAUGCUUUUAACUAUGCCAUCCUGAAGAAGAUUGAUGUCUUAAACCUCAGCAUUGGAGGGCCAGACUUCAUGGACCAUCCGUUUGUGGAUAAGGUUUGGGAACUCACAGCAAACAGAGUGAUCAUGGUGUCUGCCAUUGGAAACGAUGGCCCACUCUAUGGCACUCUAAACAACCCGGCCGAUCAGAUGGACGUGAUUGGGGUUGGAGGGAUUGAUUUUGAAGACAAUAUCGCCAGGUUCUCCUCCCGGGGUAUGACAACAUGGGAACUACCAGGCGGCUAUGGCAGGGUAAAACCUGACAUUGUGACAUAUGGUUCUGGCGUGCGUGGCUCUGGGAUGAAAGAGGGCUGCCGCUCUCUGUCCGGCACCAGUGUGGCCUCCCCCGUGGUGGCUGGCGCUGUCACAUUGCUUGCCAGUACGGUGUUGAACAGAGAGCUGGUGAAUCCAGCCAGUAUGAAGCAGGCUCUGAUCGCAUCAGCACGCAGGCUGCCUGGAGUCAACAUGUUUGAGCAGGGCCAUGGCAAACUGGACCUGCUCCGAGCCUAUCAGAUCCUCAACAGCUACCGACCGCAAGCCAGUCUCAGUCCCAGCUACAUAGACCUGACAGAGUGCCCCUACAUGUGGCCCUACUGCUCCCAGCCCAUCUACUAUGGUGGCAUGCCAACCAUAGUCAACGUUACCAUCCUAAAUGGCAUGGGUGUGACUGGCAGGAUUGUAGACAAGCCGAUCUGGCAGCCCUACCUGCCCCAGAAUGGGGACCAUAUAGACGUGGCUGUGUCCUAUUCACCAGUGCUGUGGCCCUGGGCUGGCUACCUGGCCGUUUCCAUUUCUGUGGCCAAGAAAGCAGCGUCCUGGGAGGGAAUCGCUCAGGGUCACGUGAUGCUUACUGUGGCCUCACCUGCAGAGAAUGACUCUGCAGUAGGAGGGGAAAUGACCUCCACAGUGAAGCUCCCAGUGAAAGUGAAGAUUGUGCCCACUCCUCCUCGCAGUAAGAGAGUGUUAUGGGACCAGUACCACAACCUGCGCUACCCACCCGGCUACUUCCCCCGAGACAACCUGCGGAUGAAGAAUGACCCACUUGACUGGAAUGGCGAUCACAUCCAUACCAACUUCAGAGACAUGUACCAGCACCUUAGAAGUAUGGGCUACUUUGUUGAAGUUCUAGGUUCACCCAUCACAUGUUUUGAUGCCAGUCAAUAUGGGACUCUGUUGAUGGUGGACAGUGAGGAGGAGUAUUUCCCAGAGGAGAUCACUAAGCUGCGGAGGGACAUAGAUAAUGGCCUGUCACUUAUCAUCUUCAGCGACUGGUACAACACUUCAGUCAUGAGGAAGGUCAAGUUCUACGAUGAAAAUACCAGGCAAUGGUGGAUGCCAGACACAGGGGGCGCCAAUAUACCAGCCCUGAAUGACCUCAUCUCUGUGUGGGGGAUGGCCUUUAGUGAUGGGCUUUAUGAGGGAGACUUCACAAUGGCAGACCAUGACAUGUACUAUGCCUCAGGCUGUAGUAUUGCACGCUUUCCGGAAGACGGGGUUGUUAUUGCACAAACCUUAAAAGAUCAAGGGCUAGAAGUCUUGAAGCAAGAUACAGCGGUGGUGGACAACGUUCCUGUGCUUGGACUGUACCAAACGCCCUCAGAAGGAGGAGGACGCAUUGCACUAUAUGGAGACUCCAAUUGCAUAGACGACAGUCACAGACAGAAAGAUUGUUUCUGGCUGUUAGAUGCUCUGCUGCAGUACACAUCCUAUGGCGUGACUCCGCCCAGCCUUCUGCACUCACAGAACAAAGUGACACCUCCUACAGGCACUGACAAGCCCCUACCAGAGAGGCUUGAAGGUAAUCACCUCUAUCGCUACUCCAAAGUGCUAGAGGCCCACCUGGGUGACCCCAAGCCUCGCCCUUUGCCUGCUUGCCCUCACCUGUCCUGGGCCAAACCUCAGCCACUCAACGAGACAGCUCCCAGUAACCUUUGGAAGCAUCAGAAGCUGCUGUCUGUGGACAUGGACAAGGUGGUGCUGCCCAACGUCAGGGCAUAUCGGCCCCAGGUCAGGCCACUUUCCCCAGGAGAGAGUGGAGCCUGGGACAUUCCUGGAGGUAUAAUGCCAGGACGUUAUAAUCAGGAGGUGGGUCAGACCAUCCCUAUGUUUGCCUUCUUGGGUGCUAUGGUCGUGCUGUCCUUCUUUGUGGUGCAGCUGACCAAGUCCAGGAGCAAGCCCAAGCGUAGAAAACCUCGCAUCAAACGGCCCCUCUACCUCCAGCAGCAGCAGCAACAGACGCCCCACACAGGCAAAAACCCUACUGUGUGACACUGCCUCACACCAAAACCUUAACACACCAGGACUUUCAGAUGGUGUGUGUUUGUGUGUCAUUUGUUAGAGACUGAACUGCCAUCUGAUGCACUCUACCUAUGAUGAAACUGCCAACCAGACCCCUAAUUGUGGGGUUUGCCUAUGGACAAUAGUGUUCCUUUCUACAAAAGAGCCUUUCAUUCCAAUGACCAAAAUCGUGUACUUUUUUAAUUUAUUGACAAUGCUCAAUUGAUGAUUUGACCCUUGCCUUUCAUGUUGAACUGGACAACCAAGAAAAAAAAAACAUAGCACAUAAAAAGAGGCAUAGUGUUCUGGACAUCUAGCCUUUUGAACGUUUUCCACAUUUCCCAGGUUUUGUAUUUUCGGUCAAAAUUUGAAAUUGAGUCAUUUUGUUUUUUGUGUCCUGUUUUUGUUUUUAUAAAAUGGGCUAAUGCUGAUAAUUUUGUAAAUAGUGUCAUCAUUUUCACCUUUGUUGGUGGGGUAGCAUCAACAAUGUUAAAAUAUAUCUCAUCCAUAAUAAAGCAGCACACUUG